AUGACCAUAAACCUCCGAAAAACCCACCCACUAGCAAAAAUCAUCAACAACUCAUUCAUUGAUCUACCAAGCCCCUCCAACAUCUCUGCUUGAUGAAACUUUGGAUCCUUAUUAGGUACUUGCCUAAUCCUACAAAUCCUUACCGGAAUUUUCUUGGCUAUACACUACUCCCCAGACAUUUCACUAGCAUUCUCAUCAGUAGCCCACAUCACCCGAGACGUACAAUACGGAUGACUUAUUCGUAAUAUACAUGCUAACGGCGCCUCCCUCUUCUUCAUAUGCAUCUACCUUCAUAUUGGACGAGGACUUUAUUACGGCUCAUAUUUAUACAAAGAAACCUGAAACACAGGAAUUAUCCUACUACUCCUAACAAUAGCCACUGCAUUCGUAGGCUAUGUCCUACCAUGAGGCCAAAUAUCCUUCUGAGGUGCAACCGUUAUUACUAAUUUACUCUCGGCCAUUCCAUACAUUGGUAACACAUUAGUACAAUGAAUCUGAGGCGGAUUCUCAGUAGACAACGCAACCCUGACCCGAUUCUUUACCUUCCACUUUAUCCUACCAUUUGCCAUUAUAGGUCUAACAUUAGUACACCUACUUUUCCUACAUGAAACUGGAUCAAACAACCCAACAGGAUUAAACUCAAACAUCGAUAAAAUCCCAUUCCACCCUUACUUCUCAUACAAAGACCUCCUAGGCAUCAUUUUAAUACUAACCCUCCUACUAACUCUAACAUUAUUCUCUCCAAAUCUCUUAGGAGACCCAGAUAACUUCACACCAGCCAACCCCUUAUCCACCCCUCCGCAUAUUAAACCAGAAUGAUACUUUCUUUUCGCCUACGCAAUUCUACGAUCUAUUCCAAACAAGCUAGGCGGAGUACUUGCCCUACUACUCUCUAUCCUUGUACUGUUUCUAAUACCCACUCUACACACAUCAAAACAACGAACAACCCAAUUCCGACCACUUACACAAACCCUAUUCUGAUGUUUAAUCGCUAACCUUUUAGUACUAACAUGAAUUGGAGGACAACCCGUUGAAAACCCAUUCAUUACAAUCGGCCAAGUAGCCUCUAUUCUCUAUUUCUCAACUAUAUUAAUCCUCAUCCCUGCCGCAGGCAUAAUUGAAAACAAAAUACUAACUUAA